AUGACGGUGCACUCGUUUGGUGCGAUAUCCUCUCCUUUCUUUCCAAGCUUCGCGUUGAAAACGACCGUGAACGAAUUCGCUCAGCGUUUCGAAACCCCGGUGGGCUCCUCUGUUGAACGUAAUGUUUAUGUGGACGACUUCCUGGGAUCCUUUGAUAGCAUCGGCGAAGCAGUUCGACACAUUAGGGAUCCAUCCAAGCUACUGCUUAUGGGAGGGUUCAGUUUGACCAAGUGGAUGUCCAACAGUCUUCAUGCACUCGAUUGCAUCCCAGUUGAUGAGCGGGCACCGAGUCUCCGUGAAUUGCAGGAACGUCCGUUACCAAUAGACAGAGCACUUCGUAUGCAAUGGGACUCGGAGAAGGACGACUUUUUGUUCCAACUCCAGCUACCUGAGAAGAUGGCGGCUCACACAGGAAUUCUGUCUUCGUUGGUCAGCCUUUACGACCCAAUGGGGUUCGUCUCACCGUGGCUACUGCCGGGCAAGAUUCUGCUGCAGGACCUGUGUAGCAAAACAGUUCCUUGGUAUGAGACCAUAUGCAAAUUGGAUCACAAGACUUGGCAAAGCUGGUGGCUGAGCCUGUCCAAGCUGGGCGAUAUACGACUCCCUCGUCCCAUACCAGGAAUAUGCAAAGGAGAGCAAAGUGAGGUAUACGUUUUUGCGGCCGCAUCGGAAGUGGUAUACGGAGUGGUGGCCAACAGUUGCUCGUCUCAGCCAGGUGGAAGGCGGCAUAGCAGUAUACUAUUCGCAAAGUUCAGGGUCGCUCCCCUAAAGGCAGUCUCAAUACCCAGACUAGAACUAGCCGCAGCAGUAUUAGCCGUGAGGGUAGCAAAGGUGUUGAAACGAUGUUUUAACCCGAUCAAAUGGACCGUAACUUACUGGACUGAUUCUGCUANUAUAGUUCUUCACUAUGUUAACAAUGUACGGACGCGCUUCAGCACGUUUGUUGCCAACCGGUUGGCUGUCAUUCACGAAGAAACGGAGGUGUGCCAACGGCGGCACAUAAAAUCCUGCGACAAUCCAGCCGACUACUGCUCCAGGAUAUGCUAA